GAUGCUACGAAGUUAGUUCAAGGUGUCGUAAUCACCUGAUUCAAUUCACCAUGUGUUUUGAUUCGGAUAACCUGUGAAGUAAAUAAAGCAAACAUAUCCAAGAGUGAAAACCCUCGUCGAUACUCAACGUUCUAAAUGAAUCAAGAGCCACCAAGUCAAGCAAACUGAUUAAAGACCGACAUAACCGAUAAAUAAAAGCUUCACAUCAACUGAUAAUGCCUCGAUCUACCAGGUAAUCACCAAUACAGCACUCGCAUCACCAAUGGAUCUCCGCAAGCUGCCCCUGCGCCAUUUAAACCAUCUCCUAGCAGUUCGAUCCCCAUCAGUCUCCCAAAUUCGCACUCAGAGAGUAGUUGCAAACGAGAAGAGCCCCGAGGCCUCGAAUCCCCAAAUAAAAAUCAGCAAAGAGACAAUUAAAAAAUUGGAGAGACUGUCCCUAGUGGAUUUCGGUAACGAGGCAGGAAUAAAUCGUCUCGAGGCUGCGAUAAAAUUUGCGGAGAAGCUCAAGGACUUUCCAAUUGAUGACAAAGUCGAACCCCUGUACUGCGUUCUGGAGAAGGAGUGUCUUCGUUUACGAGAAGACAAAGUAACAGAGGGUGGGUACAGAGAAAAGAUCCUGAAGAACGCAACAGUAACUGAGGAGGAAUAUUUCGUGGCGCCUCCCGGGAAUAUUCCCCUAGAGCAAUGA